GCUUAGAAAAAGUGUCAAAAAAAAAGAAGGCAGUUGACAAGCAUUCAACUUGUUUUCCCCCCUUUCCAUACCACUCCCCACAGCUCCUAUUGUGGCGAGCUAUGCUCUUGUUCCCAUGGAGACUGCCAUUUAAACAACGUGGACAAUAGAGUGCGCUGCACAGUAGCCUGGUUGUGACUGCCUAGUCCGUUAGAGGAGAACUGGAAGGCAAGACGGUAAGGGUAUCCCAGACCAGUGGCUGACCACCAUCUUGGUCCAAAUGCACCAGUAAAGAACAAACAAACAGAAGACAACAGAAAACACUCCCAGACCUUUCCUUGGCCUCUCCCUCCCUCCCUCCCUCGUACAAAUGACCCAAAGCCUCAAUGAGAGCCUGGGCUCCUCCCUGCGGACCGCCAAUCUCGGCGAUGGAACCAUCCUCAUGUGGCAGAACACCAUCCAGAGGCUAGUUUCAGAGGCAUCCGUAUGCGUGCCUCCGAGGGAAUAUUUUCACAUCCGCACCACGGUCCCUUCCAGCUGCUGUGCCGUAGGGCGGGGGAACGUUAACGAAGGUUUGCGGAGAAUGCUCGCCAGUGUUUCGGUGAAAGGUGGAGCAGAAAAUGCCACGCCGGAGGUGGCUUAUCUCGCCAUACCCUUAAACCCUGGUGUAGACCAAAGACGAUCCCGCAGGCAAGCCGCUGGGUUUGUGCCAAAGGCUUCAGUCCAGCAAGGCACACUGAGGAAGGAGGCAGCAGAGAUGCACAGGGUUUCAGAGCCUCAGGUCGGCGCUAUGCCCCUGGAGCACAUCAAUUUACUGCUAAACCAAAUGCACGGAGCUGCACUGGGAAACCGGAUUACCACCAGCACUCCUCUCCUCUCAAACGAACUGGAUGAAUCGGAGGACGUGUUUAACGCCAGCGGUUUUUUCUCCAACCUCCAGCACACCGUCAGGAGUGUGUCGUCAAAGGACAGAGAGAAGCAGUUCGGGAAGUUGGAGUGCCCCGAAGAGGCGAGAAGUUCCUCGGUGAGGGAAAACCACAAAGAUGGCAUCAAAGUGCUGGGAGAAAAACUAAAACUCAAAGAGCUAGAGCUCCAGCAGAUGGUUCAGCUGCUGCUGAUGCUGCAGCAAGACCUUGAAGAGGCGAGAGGACUGUCUUAUCUGAAGGACACUGAAAUAGGCCUGCUCGCGGAAAAGCUGAAACGCGAAGGUAAGCAGUACAGAGAGAACGCUGCCCACUUUGACAACACCUGUACAUCUUUGAGGGGUAAGCUCCUGGCAAGCAAAGCUGACAACAGAACCUUUGUCAAGCAGCUCCAACAGCUUCUGGAGAAAUACGAGAGGCUCAAAAAGCAGGCCUCUGCAGCUAAGAAGCAGUCGUGUGAAGAUCGGGUUGACAAAGAGUGCGCUCUAAAAACUCUGAAGGAGGCCAAGCAGGAGCUCGAGAAGUUAAACGCCGAGCAAGGCCUUCUGAAACAGAAGGAGGAGGCAGCUCAGAGAGUUGUGUCAGAGUUGAAGGAAAAGUUGCAAACCGUGGUGAAUUACUGCGAGAAGAAAGUCAAGGAAAGAAGGAGACUGGAGGACGAGGCCACCGAGACGAAAAAAGAAAUCGAACAUCUGAGGGAUCAGCUUCAGCAAGCACAAAAUGAGACUCAGAGGCUAGCGAAAAGCAUGUCGUCCAUCGAGUCGGAAAAACAGGCGGGCAUAAAGCAGUUGUUGCAAACCGAGGAACAGGUCAGCGUACUGAAACUGAAAUUAGACGAGUCUCGGGUUGAGAGAGAAUCCACAGGCCUUCACAUCAAAGAGAUGAGGCGCGAAGCAAGACGGAGCAAAGCCAAGCUGCAGGAGGAAUUGUUUCUGGUCCAGGAGAACUACAAAGGCUGUGAAAAGAUGGCCGAAAGUCUCCAGAGGGAGUCGGCGACUUUGUCAAAGCUGGUGUACGAUCUGAAACGGGACAAACAGCUCCUGAAGGAGGAGCUGGAAAACCUGCGCCAAGACAAGAAACGGCUUGAGGACAAGAACCAACAGGAGGGCCAAAGGCUCAGGGAGGUCAUAGCUUUACUGGGCAAGGAGAGAGACCUGCUCCAGAUGGAGCUUGGAGACCUGAGAAAGGACUACUUAAACAUGAGUGACCGCAUUGCAGAAAGAAUGGGCCACUUAGGUCAGGACGAGACUCAUAUGUGUAUCAGUGACUUUGCGCCCCUUUGUGAGGAGAAAACAUCCAGACAGGAUCACCACAGGGCCCAGCAUACAGACAAGAACCAGGAUGUUAUACAACAGAUAAAGAAGAGGGUGGAGGAUGAGGAGGCCAUGUGCAUCCAGGCGUCGGGCUGAACUUCAGAUUGCAGACCAUCAUCCUCUCCAAGUGUUACUGAUGCUAGCUUGUGUAUGGCUGUGUAUAUACAGUACGAAUGUGCAUUGUCCAGAUUUUAAAGCUUUAUUUUGUCAACCAUUAUCCGGUUUCUUUUGUAGUAGGUUUAAUUUGUCAACCAUUUAUCUGUCAUCAGAAGUUAUAUUUAAUCAUGCAUGGUAACAGAAAUAUUUCGGCAAAGGUAUAGUAUGUAUUUUAUUUUUUUGCCAUUUUUCUGACAUGCAACACGUCAUCAAAUAAAAAUACAAUUGCUUUAAUUUUAA